GUGGCCGUUGGAGAGUGUGGUUUGGAUUUCAAUCGCAACUUUUCUCCACAGGACCAACAACUUGCAGUUUUUGAAGAACAGGUGAAAUUAGCGUGUGAAAUUAAGAAGCCAUUGUUUAUUCACGAACGAGAAGCGCAUAAUGCUAUGGUUUCAAUUCUUUCUAGGUAUAAGGAACAAUUGCCCUCGGCUGUCAUACACUGUUUCACGGGUACUGCAGCAGAAGCUGAGAAAUAUGUGCAGUUGGGUUUCUUUAUAGGUUUAACAGGUUUCCUGUGGAAGGAUCGCUCAGAAGAUGGGGUUAAAUACGCUUUACGGAAUCGCAAAAUUCCGCUCGACCGGUUGCUACUGGAGACGGAUGCACCUUUUAUGUACUCAAAAAUAACUGAUAAGAAGAUUGAGGCGUCUAUAAAAGAGGCGAUCAGCGAUAGCGCCAAGCAAAUGCAUAAAUUUGCGUCGUUCAAUCGAAAUGAACCAUGUGCGUUGGCCGCGCAAUGUGAGUUAAUCGCUGCAUAUAUGGGUGAAUCACCUAAUGAAGUGGCCACAACAACAACGGCGAAUGCAAAACGAAUCUAUAACCUNUUUUAA